UGACUGAAGUCUGUGUUUCCAAAGACUGAAUAUGAAGUCCUGGUUCUGCUGGAUCCUGAUCCUGUUCAGAGAUGUGCUGGCGGACCCGGGUCCACGCUACGUCGUCCACCGCACGCCGGUCAGCUUUGAUCGGGCCGCAGAGCUCUGCUCCCCCACCGGACUCCUCACCACACUCGCCACCGAGCAGGAAGUCACCGCCGUCCUGGAGGCGGCGGCGGGGGACAAGGGGGACAAGGGGGACAAGGGGGAUGCCGGUCCACCUCGCGGGGAGUUCACCUUCUGGGUCGGGCUGAGGAAGCUGAAGGACGAGUGUGUGAUUCCCACGCUGCCGCUCAGAGGAUUCAAGUGGACAAAGGACGGCAGCGAGGACUCACAGGUGAGCCGCUGGUUCCAGGAACCCAAGGAAACCUGUACGUCAUCUCGGUGCGCGGCGCUGAAGGUCCAGCUGGACGGGUCCAGGGCGACGCCCUGGGGUCUGAUCCCCGUCUCCUGCAGGACCGAGAACCACUUCAUCUGUCAACUCACACAUGAUGCACACAAGGCCACUGGACCGAAAGCUGAUCCUGAACCAGGACAUGGAGCCCAUGAGCCUGAUACACCAUCUACUAAAGCAGACGCUGGACCUGAGCUUGGACCUGACCCUGGACCUAAUCCUGGACCUGACCCUGGACCUGAUGCUGCACCUGAUAAUGGACCUAGUCCUGGACUUUACCCUGGACCUGAUCCUGGUUCUCAGCUACAACCGGCUACAACAGAAAAAUCUAAAACUGGCGCAACACACCAAUCUGACAUAAAGCCCAGAACUACGCCUACCCCUGGUCCUGAUCCGUCGGUGGGGUCAGGCUCCUGUCAGCCCCCCCACAUCCCCAGCGCCCGCUCCAUCAGCCUGGGCCAGGUGAACAGCAGCCGGAUCCUGGUGGAGUGCUGGUCCUCGCUUGCCCCUCUGGAGCUGCGUUGCUGGGGCCGUCCGGUGGCCUGGCGGUUGCCGGACGGCUCGCCGGCCGACUUCAGCGACAUCUGCGCAUCGUGCGACGCCGGCUUCCAGAAGGACGCCUCGGGGACCUGCGUGGACGUGGACGAGUGCAGCAGUGGUCCAUGCCGACGCGGCUGCCUGAACACGGCCGGCUCCUACAGCUGCUUCUGCUCCGACCAGAGCGGGAACCAGCACCACGAGGACUCGCCAGAGUGCGCCGAAGCGGCCACGGGCGGCGUGCUCGUGGUGGCGCUGGUUGCCGUGGCGGCGCUUGUGCUGCUGGUGGUGGUUGUCCUGGUGACGGUGAAGUGCUGCCUGAUGAGGCAGUCGAAGAAGCGUGCCAUGAAGAAGGCGGAGAAGAUGGCAAUGGGGGAGCAAGGAAACAGCCAAUGAGAAGAAGAUGUGAGAGUGACAUCAUCAUCAUGUCUCCAAAAUUAGGAGAAGUUUUUUUUUUAUAUUAAAUAUUCAUAUCAAACACACAACAAGACACAUUGCAAACAAAUUCAAUCAAUUCUACAACAGGAACUGAACAUGGAGUAGAAUAUUGAUGCAUUUUCCAAAAAAAUAAAUAAUAAAAUACAUAUAUAAAGGAAAGAGCGACCAAGGGACUCAGCAGUAGACACCAAGGAAUGUAAUUCAUGAUAAAAUACUUUAUACAUUAUUAUAUCAUUUAGAAAGGCAUUAAAGACAGGAGAUGUUUAGAGAAAUCAACAUUUGUGUUUGUAAUAUUUUGCAUUAAAAUCAGAUUAUUCUCUCCAAACUAAGUUGUUCUCCAUUUGAAGUCCGAAUAUAACGAUCAUAUGUUCAAAUUGGGAUGUUUUGUGUAUGGGACAUGAUUCAGAACUGGAAACAUCCCAGAAGGUUUGGGUUACACCACCAGAGAAGAAGAGAGGUUCUGGGUUACACCACCAGAGAAGAAGAGAGGUUCUGGGUUACACCACCAGAGAAGAAGAGAGGUUCUGGGUUACACCACCAGAGAAGAAGAGAGGUUCUGGGUUACACCACCAGAGAAGAAGAGAGGUUCUGGGUUACACCACCAGAGAAGAAGAGAGGUUCUGGGUUACACCACCAGAGAAGAAGAGAGGUUCUGGGUUACACCACCAG